AUGGCCGGCGGUGAGCGGCCCGUGGCCGAGGUGCUGGACGUGGGCAGCACCGAGGAGGCCGUGAGGGAGCUGGCCGAGGACGGCAAGGCCAGCCCAAUGGGCAAGGCGAAGGUGGAGGCGCUGCUGAGGGCGCUCGAGGAGGGCGCCGGAGGCGCCAGGCGGCGGCAUGAGCACCGGUUGGCGGAUUUCCUCAACGGGCUCGUGGUGUCGGACCCCUACUUCUCGUGGCCGGCGUCGGCCACCACCCACGACGCGUCACGUGUUACGCUUGGCUGA